CGGACCAUGGCUCUGACUGUGUAUGUUCGGAGACUAAUAGGACUUCCAGGCACCCACGACAGACAAGUAAAGCUCAGCUUUCGAGGCUUUACCCAGAAAACAAGGAAAAUUCACUGUGGUCAAGAAGCGGAUGUUGGUGAGUUGUUCCGCUGGCCUCACUAUGGGGCUCCACUGCCUGGGGAAAGUUUGUCUGUGCAGGUGGUCAACUGCAGCCCUGUGUUCAGCCCCAGGCUUCUGGGGACCCUGGUGAUCUCCCUGCAGCAAUUGCAGAGUGUUGGACAUUUGGUGCUUCGUGAGGCCCUAGUGGACAAGAAUCUUCGAGUGUCCCAGAUCCAGGUGGAGCUUGACCUGAAGUACCAGCCCCCAGAGGGUGCUGCUGGAACAUGGGCAGAGGAGGACUUUGGGGCACCUAUCCAGGACAGCUCAGAGUUGAUUAUCCCCAAUGUGAGCUUCCAGGAGCUGGAGCUAGGGGAGGCCCGUUUGGAGCGGCGAGCAGUAGCUCUGGGCCGCAGGCUCGCACGAAGCCUAGGCCCACAGGAUGAUGAAGAGAAUGAGCUGGGGCUGGAGCUGGAGCUGGAGCUGGAUGAUGAGCCUGAUGUGGAGCUUUCCGGGGUUGUGUUCAGCCCCCUCAAGAGCAGAGCCCGGGGACUGGCCCACCGGGACCACUGCCAGGUGUCCAGAGCCCAAGACUUCCAGGUGGGAGUCACCGUGCUCGAGGCCCAGAAGCUGGUGGGAGUCAACAUUAAUCCGUAUGUGGCGGUGCGUGUUGGGGAGCAGCGCCGAGUUACUGCCACACAACGUGGAACCAAUUGUCCCUUCUACAAUGAGUAUUUCUUGUUCGAAUUUCAUGAGACCCGGCAUCACCUCCAAGACUCACUACUGGAGAUCACGGCUUUCCACUCGCAGGCUCUCCCUUUUAUGGCCACCCGGAUAGGCACCUUCAGGAUGGAUCUGGGCAUCGUCUUUGACCAGCCAGAUGGCCACUUCUAUCAAAAAUGGGCUCCUCUGCAUGACCCCCGGGACACCCGCGCCGGGAUCAAGGGCUUCGUCAAGGUCACCUUGUCUGUGAGGGAGCGUGGGGACCUGGCCCCACUACUGCCACCUCCUGGCCCGGGGCACAGUUCCGACAUCGAGAAGAACCUGCUCCUGCCCCGCGGGGUGCGCGCCGAGAGGCCGUGGGCGCGGCUGCGCGUGCGCGUCUACCGCGCGGAGGGGCUCCCUGCGCUGCGCCCCGGGCUGCUAGGCAGCUUGGCCCGCGCCCUGCACGACCAGCGCGUCCUCGUGGACCCCUACGUGCGGGUGUCCUUCCUGGGGCAGCAGGGCGAGACUUCGGUGCGCGGCGAGGCGGCGGCGCCCGAGUGGAACGAGCAGCUGAGUUUCGUGGAGCUGUUCCCGCCGCUGACACGCGGCCUUCGCCUGCAGCUGCGGGACGACGCGCCCCUCGCCGACGUGGCCCUCGCCACGCACGUGCUGGACCUGGGGCAGAUCGCCCACCCGGGGCGCGCGGCGGGGUUUAACCCCACCUUUGGCCCGUCCUGGGUGUCUCUUUAUGGCUCUCCCCCGAAUGGAGGACUCCGGGAUGGACAUCAGCGUCUCAAUGAAGGCCUUGGCCAAGGCGUUUGGUUCCGCGGUAGACUCCUGGUGGCUGUAUCCAUGGAGGUGUUCGAAGGGAGAGCUGAAUCUGAGCCACCCCAAGCGACACAAGUGUCCAGGUUGUCCCGGCUCACUGGAAAAAAGAAGAAAGCCAGGAGGAGUCAGACCCCAGCUGGGGUUCCGCAGCAGCACGGAGAGGCCAGCUCCAGUAGGGAUGGACCCGAAAUUCCUAGCGCUGUGGAGGUGGAAGUGGAGGAGUUGCUGCCUUUGCCGGAGAACGCCCUUGCACCCUGUGAAGAUUUCCUGCUUUUCUGCGUGCUCUUCGAAGCCACCAUGAUUGAUCCUGCUGUAGCCUCGAAACCCAUCAGCUUUGAGAUUUCCAUUGGUCAUGCAGGCCGAAGGGAGGAGCAGCCACACAGAGGCGCCAGGGCUGAGGAGGAAACCACAGGCACUGUGGUAGAGGCACAGCCUCUGUUGGAAUCUGAAGAUGGGGGGGUCAGGCUGGAGGAAGAGGAGGUGCUGGGGACCCCAGCCCAGAGACCUGAACCUGUAGACGGCAGUGGCCCUUACUUCUGCUUGCCUCUGCGUCACCGCAAGCCCUGCAUCCAUGUGUGGAGUCGCUGGGAGGAUUACACGUGGCGCCUGCAGAGCAGCAACUGUGUGUGCAAAGUGGCUGAGAGGCUGGACCAGGGGCUGCAGGAAGUUGAGAAGAUGCAGCGCAAGCCGGGGUCAGGCGCCCGCCUGCGGCUCAAGCAAGCACUGGAAGAGCUGGUGGCUGGGAGCAGACAGUUUUGCCGCAGUGCUGAGUCCAGGACCAUGACCCGGCCCAAUGCCUUGGACAGGAGCCGCGCAAAACUGUUGACGCACAGCCUGAACCUGGUGGCGAAACAAGGACUUAGGCUUUUAGGCGGUCUGAGGCAGGGCAACAUGCAAAAGAAGGUGGCAUUGGCCAAGAAGCUCCUGGCAAAACUGCACUUUCUGGCUCAGGAGCCCCAGUCACCGCUCCCUGACGUGCUGGUCUGGAUGCUCAGUGGGCAGCGCCGUGUGGCCUGUGUUCGGAUCCCUGCCCAGGACGUGCUAUUCUCUGUGGUGGAGGAGGAGCGUGGCCGGGACUGUGGGAAGAUCCAGAGUCUGCUGCUCAUGGCACCCGGGGCAGCCCCUGGGGAGGUUUGUGCCAAGCUCGAGCUCUUCCUGUGGCUGGGGCUAGGCAAACAAGCCAAGGCCUGCACCUCUGAGCUGCCCCCCAACCUGCUGCCUGAGCCCUCAGCCGGGCUGCCCCACAGCCUGUCCCGGGACGAUUUUAGUUACUUCCAGCUCCGGGCUCACCUGUACCAGGCCCGAGGUGUCUUGGCAGCAGAUGACACUGGCCUCUCGGAUCCCUUUGCACGAGUGCUCAUCUCCACCCAGUGCCAGACCACACGGGUCCUGGAGCAGACCCUGAGCCCCCUGUGGGAUGAACUCUUGGUGUUCGAGCAGCUGAUUGUGGAUGGGAGGCGGGAGCACCUGCAGCAGGAGCCUCCGCUAGUGGUCAUCAGCGUCUUUGACCACAAUAAGUUUGGCCCUGCUGUGUUCCUGGGCAGGGCACUGGCUGCCCCAAGGGUGAAGCUGACUGAAGACCCUUACCAGCGCCCCGAGCUGCAGUUCUUCCCUCUGAAAAAGGGACUCCAAGCAGCUGGGGAGCUCAUUGCCACCUUUGAACUUAUUGAGCUGGACUACGGUGGCCAACUGGAGCUCACAGUUCCUAGUGAUGUAGAGCCCCAAGAUCUGACAGCCCUGAUGGAGCCCCUGUCUGGACGCCUGUCCCUACCACCCAGUGUGCGCCCAGUGCUCAGGGAGUUCCGCAUUGAGGUGCUGUUCUGGGGCUUGAGGGGCCUUGGUCGUGUACACCUGUUUGAGGUGGAGCAGCCCCAAGUUGUGCUGGAAGUGGCCGGGAAACGUGUAGAGUCAGAGGUUCUAGCCAGCUAUCGUGACAGCCCCAACUUCAGCGAGCUCGUCAGGCAUUUGACAGUGGACUUGCCGGAGCAGCCCUACCUGCAGCCUCCACUCAGCAUCUGGGUGAUUGAGCACCGGGCCUUUGGUCGCACGGUCCUUGUGGGCUCCCACACUGUCCCCCACAUGCUGCGGUUCAUACUCCAUGGAAACGAGGAUCCCCUAGAGGAGGAAGGAGCAGAGGAAGAGACAGAGGACUUGGAGCCCAAGGGACCUCCAGGACCAAAAUCCUUGGAUCCCUUCCUGGCCGAUGCUGGGCUAUCAAGACGGCUCCUGAAGGCUCCUCUGAAGAAGCUCAGCCUAGGAGGCCUCCUGAGUCAAGGCCCAGAGUUGGAGGAGGACAUCCCAGACCCAGAAGAGCUCGACUGGUGGUCCAAGUACUAUGCUUCCCUGCAGGAGCUGCAGGCACAGCCCAACUUGGAUGAGGAUGAAAUGGAUGAUCCUGGAGACUUAGAUGGGGAGGCCCGGGACCAGGGUGAGGCUGAAGCCGUGGAAGGCACUGGAUCUCGGAAAAAAGCAGUUGCUACCCUGAAGAUCUACAACAGCUCCCUGGAGGAAGCCUUUCACUACUUUGAAGACUGGCUGAACGUGUUCCCGCUGUACAGAGGGCAAGGGGGGCAGGGUGGGGAUGGAGAGGAAGAGGGGUCCGGAUACUUUGUGGGCAAGUUCAAGGGUUCCUUCCUCAUUUACCCGGAGUCAGAGGCAGUGUCCUUUUCUGAGCCCCAGAUCUCCCGGGGGAUCCCUCAGAACCGGCCCAUCAAGCUCCUGGUCAGAGUGUAUGUUGUAAAGGCAACCAACCUGGCUCCCGCAGAUCCCAAUGGCAAAGCUGACCCCUAUGUGGUGGUGAGCGCCGGCAAGGAGCGGCAGGACACCAAGGAGCGCUACAUCCCCAAGCAGCUCAACCCUAUCUUUGGAGAGGUCCUGGAGCUGAGCAUUUCACUUCCAGCUGAACCAGAGCUGACCGUGUCUGUGUUUGAUCAUGACCUUGUGGGUUCUGAUGAUCUCAUCGGAGAGACCCACAUUGAUCUGGAAAACCGAUUCCUCAGCCAUCACAGAGCAAACUGCGGGCUGGCCUCCCAGUAUGACGUGGAAGGGUAUAAUGCCUGGCGUGAUGCAUUCCGGCCUUCACAGAUCCUGGCAGGGCUGUGCCAACGCUGUGGCCUCCCUGCCCCUGAAUACCGAGCUGGGGCCAUCAAGGUGGGGAGCAAAGUCUUUCUGACACCGCCUGACAGCCUGCCUCCAGGUGGUGGGGGUCCCCAGUUGGCAAGUGGAACCUCUGAGGAGGCCCAGGCAUUGUUUGUCCUGCGGCAUUGGCAGGAGAUGCCAGGGCUGGGGAUCCAGCUGGUACCUGAGCAUGUAGAGACUCGGCCCCUCUACCAUCCCCGCAGCCCAGGGCUGCUGCAGGGAUCUCUUCACAUGUGGAUUGACAUCUUCCCUAAGGAUGUGCCUGCCCCACCUCCAGUUGACAUUAAGCCUCGGCAGCCAAUCAGUUACGAGCUCAGAGUUGUCAUCUGGAACACAGAAGAUGUGGUUCUGGAUGAUGUCAACCCACUUACUGGAGAGAUGUCAAGUGACAUCUAUGUGAAAAGCUGGAUGAAGGGCUUGGAGCAUGACAAACAGGAGACAGAUGUCCACUUCAAUUCGCUGACUGGGGAGGGGAACUUCAACUGGCGCUUUGUGUUCCGCUUUGAUUACCUGCCCACGGAGCGGGAGGUGAGCGUCCGGCGCCGACCCGGACCUUUCGCCCUGGAGGAGGCUGAGUUCCGGCAGCCGGCUGUGCUGGUGCUGCAGGUCUGGGACUAUGACCGCAUCUCCGCCAACGACUUCCUUGGAUCCCUGGAGCUACAGCUGCCAGACAUGGUGCGGGGUUCCCGGACCCCUGCACAGUGCUCUGUGCGGCUGGCCUGUGACAGGGCUGGGCCAAGGUGCAAUCUGUUCCGCUGCCGCCGCUUGCGAGGCUGGUGGCCCGUCGUGAAGCUGCGAGAGGCAGAGGAUGUGGAGCGAGAGGAGCAGGAGGCAAAGGCUGGCAAGAAGAGAAAGAGGAAGAAGAGGAAGGGCAGGCCUGAAGACCUGCAGUUCACAGACUCUGGCGGCAACGUCUACAUCCUCACAGGGAAGGUGGAGGCAGAGUUCGAGCUGCUGACUGUAGAGGAGGCGGAGAAGCGGCCAGUGGGGAAGGGGCGGAAGGAGCCAGAGCCCCUGGAGAAGCCUAACCGCCCCAAAACCUCCUUUAACUGGCUUGUGAACCCCCUGAAGACCUUCGUCUUCUUCAUCUUGCGCCGGUACUGGCGCAUCCUGGUGCUCUUGCUGGUGCUGGCACUCGUCACCGUCUUCCUCCUCCUCGUGUUCUACACCAUGCCAGGCCAGAUCAGCCAAGUCAUCUUUAGGCCCCUCCACAGACCCUCUGACUCCAACUGACCCGGACACAAGUCCCUCUGCUAAUGUGUGUUGUCCCGGAGGGCCUGACUUGUUCUGGUCACUGUGGCCAAGGAAAACUAAGAGUGGGACACCAGCCCUCCCAAACCACAC